AUGCAGACUGCUUCAACAAACAUUUGUGAAAGACUGUGCAAUAAGUCCAUCCGUGAAAUGUCCUUGCUUCUAAAUAUUCCACAGUCAACUGUUAGUGGUAUUAUAACAAAGUGGAAGCAACUGGGAACAACAGAAGCUCAGAUACAAAGUGGUAGGCCACAUAAAAUGACAGAGCGGGGUCAGUGCAUGCUGAAGUGCACAGUGCAUAGAAGUUGCCAAUUCUCUGCAGAGUCAAUAACUAAAGACCUCCAAAUUUUGUGUGGCCUUCAGAUUAGCAAAACAACAGCGCGUAAAGAGCUUGAUAGAAUGGGUUUCCAUGGUCGAGCAGCCACAUCCAGGCCUUACAUCACCAAGUGCAAUGCAAAGCGUUGGAUGCAGUGGUGUAAAGCACAUCACCACUGGGCACUA